AUGGAUCUCCGGAAUCCAUAUCCAUACACAGUUUAUGAUGUCGAGUGGGAUUUCGUGGACUACCAACGGUCUUGCUUGAGUGGUAAGAUAGAUCCUUCUUUGCUUAGCUUAAAGCAUAUAUAUUACUUAGACCUAAGCUGGAAUGAUUUUAAAGGGAUUCACAUUCCCAACUUUUUGGGGAAGCUUAAGAGCUUGAGGUAUCUCAAUCUCUCCUAUGCUGCAUUUUCAGGAGAGAUUCCUCAUUUUCUUGGUAACCUCUCAAACUUGAACUAUCUUGACCUUGACUAUAGCCGUCACAACAACGACCUUGGGGAAACCCUCUUUUCCAAAAACUUGAAUUGGCUUUCUCGGCUCUCUUCCCUGAAGUACCUCAAUCUUGGAGGAGUUGACCUUAGCAUGGCAGGAGUGAGUUGUUUACAUUAUGUCAACAUGCUUCCCUCACUAUUAGAGUUGCAUUUAUCUGCAUGCGGCAUUGAUUCGAACCAGCUUCUACUCUCUUUACCGACCCUUAACUUCACAUCCCUUUCAGUCCUUGAUAUGUCUGCAAAUUAUGUCAAUUCUUCGCUUCCCAGCUGGUUGUCUAGCAUCACAAGUCUAAGGACACUUGAUCUAGACAACAAUUUAUUCUUUGGUCCCAUUCCUGACGAAUUUUCUAGCUUCAAAAAUCUUGAGCACCUUGAUUUAUCUUUUAAUCAACUUGAAGGUCAAAUUCCCAAACUCAUUGGGAACUUUUGUACCCUAAAGACAUUAAAUCUUGCUGCAAACUUGUUUGAGAAGGAAGGUAUACAAGAUGUUUUGAAUGGUCUCACAGACUGUUCAAAUACAACACUAGAGUCACUAGAUUUGUCUCUCAAUGGGCUGGAAGGUGAAUUGCCUGCUUCCAUAGGAAGGUUGCACAAAUUGCAAUAUCUUAACCUCGACCAGAACUCCUUUUCCGGAUCAAUUCCAGAAUCUAUUGGAAACUUAUCAUCCUUGAGACAACUGAUCCUCUCUGUGAAUCGUAUGAACGGAUCCAUUCCUGAGAGUUUGGGACAACUUCCUCAGCUAGUUCACUUAAACCUGUCUCAAAAUUUUUGGGAGGGCAUCUUAACAGAAUCCAGUUUGAUAAAUCUCACAAAAUUAGAUUUUUUUUCAGUAAGCACAGUCAGGCCUAUACCUCUCAUUUUCAAUGUGACUUACGACUUUGUUCCUCCUUUCAAGCUCCGUGAAAUUCACAUUCUGAAUUGUCUAGUCGGUGAUGCAUUUCCGGUCUGGCUUCAAUCACAAACUGAAUUGUCAGCUGUCACCCUUAGUGGUACUGGAAUUUCUGGCAUACUAGAGCAAUGGUUGUUGAAGAUAUCAUCCCAAGUUGAGUAUUUGGAUCUCUCCAACAAUCAAAUCCAAGGAAAGCUUCCAUUUCAAUUCAAAUUUCCAAAAUUGGUCAGAUUAGAUUUGAGUCAUAAUCAAUUUUCCAUGUCUAUUCCCUUGAAUUUUGGACAGCUAAUGCCGAAUCUAGAAACGUUGUCCCUGUCUGAUAAUCAUUUAGAUGGUACCAUUCCACCCUCUAUUUGUGAAAUUCAGUAUCUUUCGAUCAUGUCUCUAAGAAACAAUCACCUAUCUGGAGAGUUUCCUCGAGCAUGGAGUUUGUGGAGCGAAAUCUCUCUUGUGGACGUCACAAACAACAAUCUCUCUGGUAAUAUUCCUAGUUCAAUGGGUAUCCCAAGUAGUCUUACUGUAUUGAAGAUGAGCAACAAUAAUUUUGGCGGUGAAAUUCCUUCCUCCUUGCAGAAUUGCUCCCUGUUGAGUAGAAUUGAUCUCUCAGGCAACAACUUUUCUGGAAAUCUGCCUUCAUGGAUAGGAUCAAAGGUGAAAUUAGGUAUACUACAAUUGUGCUCAAACUCUAUGAGUGGUCACAUUCCCCAACACAUUUGCAAUCUUUCCAAUCUCCAUGUCCUGGACCUUGCUCAUAACAGGUUUUCAGGUACCAUUCCAAAGUGUUUGAAUAAUAUGACUUCUUUAAGAAGUGAAGAGUUCAGUUAUUGGGAUGUCAGCGAUUUUGGUGAGCAAAUAACAAUAAUAUCAAAAGGAAGAGAACUCGAAUAUGGUAACUCCAAUGUGAAUUUGGUGAAGGGUAUUGAUCUUUCCUCAAAUAACUUGGAAGGUGAAAUUCCUGAAGAGAUAAGCAGUCUCAUUGCAUUGCGUACCUUGAACUUGUCGAGGAAUCAUUUACAUGGAAAGAUUCCCUCCACCAUUGGAAACAUGAGUUCGCUGGAAACACUUGAUCUCUCACACAAUCACCUUCUUGGAGAGAUUCCUCAAAGCUUGUCUGCCUUGAACUUCUUGAAUCACUUGAACUUGUCUUACAACAACUUUUUUGGAAGAAUUCUUUCCGGCGAUCAACUCCAAACACUGACCGAUCCAUCCAUUUAUGACGACAAUCCAUCAUUGUGCGGCUUUCCUCUUUCAACAAAGUGCCCCGGAGAUGACAAACCUACUAGCAGUGGGAAUCUUCCUGUCCAAGACAAAGAUGAAGAUGGCAAUGAAAAGCUUGGCCUCUACGCUAGCAUUGCGUUUGGCUUUAUCACAGGCUUCUGGGGUGUCUGUGGCACAUUGCUUGUGAAUAAAUCAUGGAGGUAUGCCUAUUUUCGAUUCUUUGACAACAUCAAAGAGAAGAUAAUAGUGGCAAUUGCAGUGAAAGUUACUCGUCUCCGAAGAACAAACCUUUGA